CUCACACCUCUUCCUCUGCCACGAUCACAUCCACCAUCACACAAUAAGUACACGCACUACGCACUACGCUUAACGCCUACUCGCCGCCUCCCCCAUUGACAACUACGCUUAGCGUUGGUGCGGAAUGGCGACCGCCGAGCCCGCAUCGAGACCCCAUGACCGACAUACGCACAAGCGGCCCUUCGGCUGGAUAAAGCGCCUCGCGAACCUUAAAUCCUCCACCUCCGAUUCCCCACACUCCUCAGGCAAGAAAGCUCAGGGCUCACCAUCAAAGUCGAAGAAAGGCGCUGGAAAGAACAACAACCCCUACCCGGAAUCCGGACAUCUCAACACCACCAAUGCCAAUACCAGCAGUCCCGGCAAUGGUCACUUGUCCUUCUCGACCUCCGUCUCCCCACAUUCGAACGAAAGCUUCACAUCAGUAGAAGAACGCAACACGGACUGCCAACAGACUGUUGAUAAGAGCAACAAAUCCACUGCGCCAACGGUUGCAACCAAUGUCGAGACCGUACACUCAGGAAGGUCGAAAACGACGGGACACAGCAAUAACCUCGGUGGUGGUGGAAGCACCUUUUCCUCGCCCAGCCAUUCCGAGCGCUCGCUCACCACCACCCUGACAACGAUUCAGUCAACCGCACCAGCAAACGUCCUGGCGCAGACUCAACAAAAUACACAAGCAAAUGCGCCGCCCGUCCAUUUCUCACACCAAUUCCCAACCUCUCCGCCGCCGUCCGCCAUACCCCCUCACCUAACCGCACAACCCCAGCCUUCCUCGUACCAGGCUGCCACGGCAAACAACAUCUUGACGGACAACGCAUCGAUAUUGACAUUGGCUUCCUCUUCCAAGCGCCGCCGCCGGAACUCUCUCGACACAAACGCGUCUGUCCGCGCCUUGGCUCCGUCAUCCGUUUGGGGAGGAAGUCGGGAAUCUCUCCCCCUCAGCGUUCUCUCCGCGAAUCCCGAAAGUAGUACCAUAUACAGUCCUCAGAACCGAUCUGGCGUUGCUGGGUUUGCAAACGCAGAGCGAGCGAGCGUGUACUCUUCGCAGGGAGUAGUAGCACCUGUGCUCGGCAGUGAGCGGAAUAGCUACUAUGCUGGGAAGCAAGCGGAUGCACUGAGCGUUCGCAGUGGACUGCUAGGUCACGGCCGUACUGAUAGUAUCAACGGCAGUAUCCAUGCCACUCCCUCGAGCCCAUUGGCAAGUCCCCGGGAUCCCGUUGGACCGGGCAUAUUGAGCCGGCGCAGCUCAGACUGGAAAGACGCGGCGGAAGCCCACGCAGCUGCAGAUGAUCGCGACAGUCCUUCCAGCCCUGCCUUAUCAAAGAAAGAGGAGAAAGAUAAGCCUGUAUGAAGUUUCUUGCAUGCUGGUUCUUAGCGAAUCAAUCGUCGAGCAAAGUAGUGGCAAUUGACAUUAUGUUCGCAUUAUUGUCUUAAUUUCAUGGAGACAGUCAGAUAUCCCUCCUUCAAUGGGAGUAUCCUCCGAUUUUCUCAUCCUCGGGCUACAUGCGUUCAGGAUAGGGCAAGGCAUCAGGCGUUACUUUAUUUUGACGGGAGUAAAGGAGAGCUAUAGUGUAGGGAGCAAACGUUUCUGUGUUCGGAUUUUACUACAGGUUAUACCCUAGGCUAUCACGGAGGAAGGUCCUUUUCGGUUCCUUUGGAGAGACGGACGGGCGCACAGGCAGAGUAAUCCCAGGUAGCCGGAGUUUAGAAGAAAUCGAAUCGUAUAAGCGUAAUUCUGCCA